AUGGUUAGCAAAAAUCAAUCUCUGCAGUCUGUCGACUUGGACAACCCCGAAGAAGUUGCCCAGUGCUUGAGGCGUGACCAGCAACUAUGCUGGGAGAACAGACGGCCCAGCAAUGUCGCUUUUCGCCUGCCCUCUGCUCCAAGUUCCUUCCUGGAUAAAGUCGCAUGGCAUCUCACGCCUCAUAGUGAGAUUCCCAAAUCCCUGCGCUCGAUGCGAUGCGAGAGCAUCAUCAAGGGAAUCAGGGCGUACGGACAACAGACCAUACUAAACUCUGACCGCGGCAAUGAGCCAUGGGCGCAAAGAGACGUGGCCCCAACGAACGAGGAGCUCGAGACCACCCUGAAAGUGCUGGGGGAUCUCCAGAGACAUGGGUCGAUAUCUGAGAUAUCGUCGUCCAGUCCAUUAUCGGACGUGAUUGUUGCCGUGCAAAACCAGCUCUCUCUGGACAGCACUGAGCGAUCUAAGAUUUACAACAUGUCCCGCAGAUUCGGGGACGACGGGAAACCAAACCCCAGGCAACUUCGGUGUUAUAUCUGUCGCUACUGUUUCUCGGCAUCCGAAGCACACGAGUUCUAUCCGGCGCUGUGCCGACCCUGCGGUCUAUUCAACCUCAGAUGCUCGGAGCGCUCGCUGCCCGAGAAGCUUGAUCUGGCCAACAAGACAGCCCUGGUGACCGGAGGCAGGAUUAAUCUUGGCUACCACACUGCUCUACGGUUGCUCCGGUGCGGUGCCCGGGUCAUCGUCUCAUCUCGGUAUCCCGCAGAUGCAGCAGCGCGAUAUGCAAAAGAGACCGACUUUGGAGAGUGGGCGUCGCGGUUGAAGAUUGUCGGGGCAGACUUCCGCACUGCCCAAGAUGCGUUUCGACUGGUUUAUAUCGUCAAAGACCUGCUUUCUACCUGGGCGACAACCUCUGAAUCCGCGUCGAAACAAACCCUCGAUAUCUUGAUCAACAACGCCGCGCAGACAUUAACAGAUCCCGUCAAAGCGGAGAUGAGAGCUAUCUCCCGAGAAGAGCAACUAAGACACCUCCCCGUGACCAAGGCCCUGCUCGCCGGCGGUGCAGACCAAGGCUAUUUACCGCGAGUGCGAGGAGGCCUCCAAGCAUCGUGGAUCCCAAGCAUCGAAAACGAGCAAACACCCCUCCAGAUCGACAACAAGCCCUCGGCUCCAGAAAAUGAAUCCGCGAAGGAGAUCACACACAAGAGCCUCCGCAGCACAAACGAAACAGACCCCGACAAAUCCUCCUGGGUCCAGUCCCUGCACGAAAUUCCCUACGAAGACCUGAUCAGCGCGCACUCCGUCAACGCCUUCGUCCCACUAAUCCUGUGCCGCGAGUUGCUCGCCUGCAUGGGCACCGAUGACCCAGCCUCAACUAUAAAUCCCCAGGGCUUCAUCGUCAACGUCUCGUCGCGCGAAGGCAUCUUCGAGGAUGUCCCCCGCUCACGCAGCAAGGCCGGCCACCACGUCCACACCAAUAUGUCCAAGGCUGCUAUCAAUAUGAUCACCGAGACGGAGGCCCAUUCUGCGUGGAAGCGGCGUCGUGUCACGAUUAACUCCGUUGAUCCGGGGUAUAUGAGUGCGGCACCCGAGUGCCAGCGGGAUGAGGGGUGUCCGAUUGGAUUUGACGAUGGGGCUGCGCGUGUUUUGUGGCCUGUUGCUGUGUCUGAGACUGGGACUGGGGGGCAGGGGCAGGUUGUUACUGGAAGAUUUUUGAAGCAUUUUACUGAUGGGGUUGCCUUGACGGGGCGGGGAUAUCAAUGA